AUGGCUCCGCAUGCUGAAGAACCGUUUUUGGACUUGUCAGGCUACACACCGUCGUCGGAGACUAUCGCCGAAUUGAAACGAAAGCUUCGCAUCUGUCAUGCACGGUCCUUCCCAACCGCAUCCUGGGUGACUCCUGAGACUCACCUCGUCGACUCGCAUGAGAUAGUCCGUGCAGAAGAAUACCCAAUCCUCCAGCUCUCCCUCGAGGAUUUGAGAGAACUUGAAGAUGCUUUCAGUUUCUUCAACUCGACGGCAUUGCCGUUGAAUCAACUGCAGGCUGAGCACUUUCCCCUGCCCACUCUCUCCCGUAGGAUUCACCAGCAUCGUGUUUUACUACCAACGACUCAGCCGUAUUUCAUAAUCCGGGGCUUAAAACCUCAAUGGUUUAGCAAGUACAAGAAUAUCGUCAUCUUCACGGGGCUUGCGAGCCAUGUAGGUACCAAGCGAGCGCUGGCACCUGGCGACCCCAACGUUCUCCAUCACGUUACUAAUAUGAAAUCUUCUGGGGAAAAUGAGAAAGAGACGUAUCGCGGACCAGCUAACAGGAGCACUGCUUUGCCAUUUCACACGGACUACGGCUCCAUUCUCUCCUUUUACGUUCUGUCCAAAGCUGCGUCCGGCGGCGAUAUUUAUCUGGCAGAUAUCGAUGACAUCUCGCGCCAGAUUGCGGCGAGCAGACCAGACGUGUUGAGCACACUGCGCCAAUCAUUCCUAAAUAUCAAUGCCAAGGAGGAAGGUGCCUGCGAUGAGCGACCGCUGCUGUUCACAUUGCCGUCUGGUCGCAUUGCCGUUCAAGCUUCUCGUUCCCGCCUGUUCGGUACGACGUGUCGGCCACGUCCAAAAUCGCUGCCGCCCCUAUCGCAGCACCAAGUCGAAGCGAUAAAUGCCCUCCACGCCGCUGGCCAGGCCGUUGCAAAACGUUUGGAGCUGCGAAGCGGCGACAUGCUCUUCUUCAACAAUCUGAAAAUGAUGCAUGCCCGGGAUGCAUUCAUUGACGGCAAUGAGGACGAGAACACAUCACAAAGGUACUUACUUCGCCUCAUAUUGAAAGACGAUAGGGCAGACGCGCCAUGGGAGAUUCCGCCCCAAUUGGCUACGACGUGGGAUGAGCUGUACAACCAUCCAGACGAGGACGAAGCUUUUGCCAUACAUCCAGAACUCUUCUCGUACAAGGCUGCGCACUGAGGCCUGGUUUCUCUUUGGGAUGGGUUGAACAUCGCACUCCUUGCAUUUGGAGACUAUGCUUCUUCGCGGGACUUGCGAACCGGAAGAUAUCAAUUUCAAUACGUGUUUAAGAAGGAGCUAGAAUCGUGUAGCAUUGAGACUAUUCGCUAUACACUUGAUAGAUCACGGACGUCCCGUUAAAGUGAAGUUAUCAGGAAGGGAAAUAAGCCUAGUGUCGCCGUGUAUAACGCCCUUAGAAUUCCUCCGGUUAUCGAACUAUGCAGUCACAUCCAGGCGAGAUUUAAUGAUUCUAGUAGCUUGGGGGCAGUAAAUACAAAUCUAUUAGUCUGGAUGUAACCAAGCAGC